AUGUCCGACUACUUCGACGACUACUUCUUCACCUCCAAUGUCUCCGACCAUACUUGCCCGGGCUUCGGCAGCUUCGUCUGUAAGCCCCCGAACGCGUGUGCUCGCGACCCCAACACUGGCCGCCGCUUCUGCUGCGACGUCAAGGACGUCUGCUGGACCAUAACUGAGACCUGCGCAAACGACGGCAGCACCCUCGACUGUGGCACCGGCACCACCACCUGGUGCUGCGUCAACGGUCGUGAAAGGUGUACCGCCGCCAAGAACCAAAUCAACAUCUGCUGGUCCACUGCCCACGACAUUCUCAAUAACAUCACCAAUAAGGACCUGAACAACACCUACUCGUCUCUAAGCUCCGCUCAUCCCUCGGCCACCACAUGGGCUUUCAGCCCGGACGAGCUCAUCGCCAAGACUGCGCCGCCCACCUCGCCGGCAUCAUCAUCCGCCGCUGACAGCAGUGCGACAUCCGGCGCCUCUUCGCCAGCGGGCCCCACCGGCAGCAGUGGCGCCGGCUCGUCUGGGAUUGGCGGUGGCGCCAUUGCCGGUAUUGUGGUGGGCUCAAUUGCGGGCGUGGCGCUGAUUGUGGCCGGUCUCUUCUUCCUGUGGCGCCGCGCGCAGAACCAGAAAGAUGGCAUGGCCGCCGCCGGCUACCCAGACGGCACGGCGUCUGGUGCUGCCGCAGCAACCAGCGCAAAUGGUCUCGACGACAAGCCACGCUACGCCGGCGCACCCAACUUCGGUGCACACGGUUACACCAAUACCAACAGCUACUACACCGGCUCGCCCUCACCUCACCCGCCACCGUCGUCUGUCCCCACGUCCGAACUACAUGGCGACAAUCUAAUUCCCCAGGAACUACCGGCAAACCAGGCCUUUGGUGCCAAUCCCAGCGAGCUAUCGGCAACGUCUCCCACGGUGGGAACACACUACAGUACCGUGAACAACAGCGCCGGCAGCCCCGCAAUACCUCCUGCCGCACCGGCGGCUGGGUCAGUCGACGUGCCGCCCGAGCAAGCCUACCAAUGGUCGCAUCAGGCCAGCGGCACAGCGCCAGCAGUGCCAUCACAACAAGAGCGACACUAA